AUGCCUCUCUUCCGGCUGAAGACGGUGUUCCCGCUGAUUGCCCUGGUGUCGAUUGGAAUCUUCUUCUGGUGCAUGGAACGCUAUGACCGGACCGCCUUCAUUCGGUUCAAGAACCCGAUGGAUCGCGUCAACCUGGGCACCACGAAUAGCCCGCAAUUAGACACGACCAACCAGGCCACCCUGGAGACCGCCAGCAACACCUGCGAGGUCGAUCCCAAGUUGGCCGCCCCCUCCCCCUUCAACGAAUGGCUCCCGCGCAAGAACUACACCCGCGCGUACUUCCGUCCCCGUCUUGUGCACCCUGACUCCGAUUUCCACACCCUGGAGGAGAUUGAGAAGCCUGUCCUGCCUCCUAUGGUCGCCAUGGAGCGCGGCAUGGUUGUCUCCCCCGAGAACAAGGCCGAGAACUUUGUCUGCCCCGAAAUCAUUGAUAUCGAUGUGGCCGCCGAUGAUGAUGUCGAGGAAACCGCCAAGCUCCUGUUCGGUCUGGCCACCACCGUCGAUCGUCUCGAUCGUCUGCUCCCAUCCCUGUUGUACACCUACGGUAACACCAAGGCCGGUCUGAUUGUUCUGGUGCCCGAGUCCGACGAUGAUCUCGAGAAGCAGGAGACUUAUUUCCGCAACCGCGGUCUGGAUCUGACUCUGAUUGCCUCCCCGCUGGACUUCACUGCUCGCUACUUCGGCAUGGUCGAGGCCUUCACUGAGCACAUCCGCAAGCACCGCCCCCACACCACCUGGGUUGGAUUCAGCGACGAUGACACAUUCUUCCUGUCUCUGCCUACCAUCGCCAAGGAACUGAAGCUUUUCGACGAGAAGAAGAAGCACUACAUUGGAUCUCUGUCCGAGGCCAGCUGGCAGGUCGACACUUUCGGUCACAUCGCCUUUGGUGGUGCCGGUGUGUUCGUCUCUAGACCUCUGCUUGACGUGCUGAUGAAGUACUAUGACGAGUGCCAGUCUUGGGGCGAACAGCCCGGUGACCAGAAGCUCGGACAGUGUAUCCAGCGCUUCGGCGACACUCCCCUGACUCUCUGGCCCUCCCUGUACCAGAUGGAUAUGACCGACCCUGUCGACGGUGUCUACGAAUCAGGCCGCAAGAUUGAGUCCAUGCACCACUGGAACAGCUGGUACUCCAAGGACGUCGUGAAGAUGACUACUGUGUCUGCCGCUGCGGGCCGCAAGUCCGUCCUCCGCCGCUGGGUCUUCGACCAGGAGGAGAUUGUUAACGCCGCCACCGGCGAGACUGUCCGCCACUUCUGGGUCCUGACUAACGGCUACUCCCUGGUCAAGUACACCUACGACCAGAACGUCCCCGACGAUGCCAUCAACUUCGACGCGGUCGAGAAGACCUGGCCCGAAGACCCUCGCGGUUUCGAGGAGCGCUUGGGUCCCCUUCGUCCCGCCGAGGAUGAGGGUAUCGCCAAGGACCGCUGGUUGCUCCACGAUGCCUACGUCGUUGGUGAGAAUGUUCACCAAUUCUAUGUGCGUGAGGAAGAUGAAGGUCAUAGUGUGAUCGAGAUCGUCUGGCUCGGCCCCAAGGGCGGCGGCGGCGGUGGUAUCAGUGACCACUACAUCCAGGGUACCUACCAGCAAUGA